UAUACGCAUACGUGUAUAUUUAUUGAUAUAUAUUUAUACCCACAAAACCCAACCACCCCAUACUCGGGCUAUAUAAAUAUUGAAGUCCUGUACUAAUUUUCACUCCUUGAGUAUCAUAAUAUUUGUAAUAAGCAUGGGACUUCUUCCAUGUCCAUUGCCCUGCCAUAACUCUCACAACAGCUCCGACUCUCAUCACUCCGAUCACCAUCUCCGCCACUUCGAGUCUCUGUCUUCGUCCUCAUCCCUCUCCUCCCAGUCAAGCCUCCCCUCCGUCCCUUCCCUGAACCCUCAGGCACCCCUCUCUUCUCCUCCUCGGCAGCCCUCCCCCGCCGCCCACCACCUCUGCCUCGCCACCCUCAAGGGCCACUCCUCCUACGUCUCCUUCCUCGCCCUAGCCGGCAAGUCACUCCUCUCGGCCUCCUCCGACGGCGAGAUCCGCUUCUGGAACCGGCACCCUGCAGACGAUAGCGAUAUUGGUGGUAAUAAUAAUAAUAAUAAUAAUAAUAAUAAUCUUGCGGUGGUCACCGGCAGUGCUGUCAAGAGUGUGGUCGUUCUUGGAGAUAGGCUCAUCACGGCCCACCAGGACCAUAAGAUCCGCGUGUGGAAGGCGGAUGACGGCCGGGAUCCAUCAGCGCACCAAGUUUAUAGAUUUGUGACCGCGCUUCCUACCCUCACGGACCGUCUUACAAGGAUAUUCUCUGCCAAGAACUAUGUGGAGGUGCGGCGGCACAAGAAGUGCACGUGGGUUCACCAUGUGGAUGCGGUGUCGGCUCUCGCCCUCUCCUCGGACCAUUCCCUCCUCUACUCGGUCUCGUGGGACCGGACCCUCAAGGUGUGGCGUACAUCCGACUUCAAGUGCCUGGAAUCCAUCAACAAGGCCCAUGAAGAUGCCAUCAACGCGGUUGUAGUGUCGUCAGGCCCCGACGGGCUCCUCUGUACAGGCUCAGCCGACACGAAGAUCAAGGUUUGGGCCCGGAGGCGGGAUGGGGAAAAGGCCCACAUGGUGCACAGCCUUGUGGCGACACUGGAGAAGCACAAGUCGGCGGUUAACGCCCUUGCGCUAAGUGGAGACGGGCGCAUCCUCUACUCCGGCGCAUGCGACAGGUCAAUCCUCGUAUGGGAGAGGGAAGGGGAUGACACGGGUACUGAAGGUGAGCCCCGUGUCAAUAUGGUGGUAGUAGGGGCCCUCAGGGGCCAUGCUAAGUCGAUCCUAUGCCUCACGGUCGUGUCGGACUUGGUGAUCAGCGGGUCGGCUGACAAGACCAUUAGGGUUUGGCGACGGGAAGCAGGAACGAGCUACAGCUGUCUCGUGGCGCUGGCGGGGCACACUCGACCGGUGAAGUGCAUCGCAGCCGCAGCGGCCACCUCCGGCGAUGAUGAGGGGAGUUCCGGUAGUUGUUAUGAGGUGUAUAGUGGGGGUUUGGACUGUAGCGUUAAAGUUUGGCAAGUUUGGGUUCCUCGUAUCUGAAUUUUCCUUUAAACGUUCGUUCUUUCUCGGUUUUCUGUUUUUCCCCCUUUGAUUUUCUCGUUGGCGAUAUGUACAUUAUUGAGCAUGGAAAUUUUUCCUAAAAUUUAUUUAAUUCAUACAAUUGUUUUUCUUC